UAUAUCGAUACUGGGAAAGAACAAGAGCAAUAAGAAACGUUUGUACAAACAAUUAGUUAAAAAUGGGUAAAGAGCGUGGACGAGGACGAGGACGAGGACGUCGUAAUUUUCAAUCUAAACCAUAUAACAAGAACAACUGGCGUGGACAAAAAAAGGAGCAUUUAAGCCAUAGCAAUGGCAACGGCCAAUCACAGUCACGCAACAGAGCACCACAGCAGAAGUGUACGCUGCUCGAGAAUCAGGUGGGUAUAACGGAAUUCACAAAUGCAGAAAUAUCUGGUUUUACGGGCAUUCUGAAAUCUCGAUUCUCCGACUUCCAUGUGAACGAAAUUGACACUGAGGGACACGUGCUACAGCUAAAUGACCUAAAUGUUCCAAAGAUGGAAAUUGAACCUGUGGAUCCUGCUGUAUUGGACGAAUGGCGGGAAAAGCUGGCAACAGUUAUUGACAACGAAGUGUGGCAACAAAUAGCCGACUUGUCAACAGUCAAAUAUGAUAAUAAAACUGAGCAGAAAGUGGACGUGAAUGUUACCAGCCUUACUAAGGAGCAACGUACUCUAAUACAUCACCUUGUGAAACAGCUUUACAAGAACAAAUUGGUGUCCAAAACAAUUGACCAGCCGGCAGAUCAACAGGUGGAAGAGCAGAAAAUAAUACGCAUAGCAAAGCCCAAGCCAGGACGCUCUGACAACCGCUGGAACUUUCCACAUGAUUUUGUUAGCUUCCUGGUACAUAAAGUGAAUAUGGAUACGAGUGAGGUGGCUUCAACGAUAGCAAAUCGCUUAACUCUGCAUCCAUCGCAGGUGAAUUAUUGUGGCACCAAAGAUAAGCGCGCUAAAACCACGCAACGCUUUUGUGUUAAACGUCGCACUCCAGAGGCUAUUGCGAAUGCAGCGCGAGGCAUGGGCAAUGUCUAUAUUGGAAACUUUAUCUUCCGGCCCGAAACUUUGAAGUUAGGCGAUCUGCAGGGAAAUCGAUUUCGAAUUGCACUGCGUCACAUUACACAGCCUAGAGAUCACAUUGAGCUCGCAUUGCAGUCACUUAAAGAGCGCGGAUUUAUCAACUAUUAUGGCCUCCAGCGGUUUGGAAACAGCGCCAGUGUACCCACCCAUGAGGUGGGUGUGGCGUUGCUCAAGCGCGACUACAAGUUGGCAUGUGAGUUAAUAUUAAAGCCUCGUGACAAUGACGUGGAGUUUAUGCGUGCAAUACGCGAGGCUUGGUGGGAGAAUCGGGAUUCAGCUGCUGCUGCAGCCAAGUUCUAUGGAAAUAAGUUUAUCGAAAAGAAACUCUUGGAUGGCCUAGCCACAUAUGGCGAAAAUGAUUAUGCAGCAGCUUUACGUCGCAUACCACGUAAUAUGCUACUUUUAUACCCUCAUGCCUAUCAGAGCCUGAUAUUCAAUCGCAUCGCUUCGCGACGUAUCAAAGAGUUUGGACUGAAACUUAUUCCUGGAGACUUAGUUUACGUUGAGGAAGAGAGCGGUCAGAAAGUUGAUGCCCCAGACGAGACUGUGCUUCCUGCUGAAACUGACGAAAUCAUGGAUGAUGUUUUGGAAGGCGAAGGUGACAAUUCACUAGAAGAGGAGGAGGAAUCAAUCUUCAAACGUAAAGUACGGCCACUUACCGAUGAGGAUAUAGCCGGAGGCAAAUAUAAACUAUCAGAUGUUGUACUCCCUCUGCCUGGCUACGAUAUAACAUAUCCCAGCAAUGAGAGUGGCGCUUGGUAUGAAGAAAUGCUCGCGGAAGUCGGAUUAAGUUCGGAGCAGUUGCGACACAAGGAAAAAACGUAUGCUCUAGGUGGUGCCUACCGUAAACUACUCAUAAAAACCGAUGAUUUGAAAUGGAGUUUUCGUCGGUAUAGAACACAUGAGGACACACUGAUAGCCUCUGACUGGGAGCAGUUAAAAAACAUUGAAAUUACACCAGAGCCCGCUGAGUCAGAGAGCAACUAUACGGCUCUGCUGCUAGAGUUUACAUUGCCAACAGCUGUUUACGCAACAAUGCUUUUGCGUGAGCUAUUUAAACAGGAUACCUCAACAGCCACACAAAUGCAGCUAGAACAGGAGCAGAUCAUUAAGAAACUGGCACAAGAAGUUCCCACAAUUGAAACCAAGGCGCAGCCGCAGCCAAUUUGAAAAAACCUUCAGUUACUAAAGCAACAAAUCGAUAAGAAAAAUCAAUUUACGCGCGUUCUUUAUUAGUGUGUGUGUGUGUGUUACAUCAAACCAACCACAACAAUAACAAUGCGCACGUGAGUGCACGUUCGCGCUCUCUCACGGUUACGCGCGCUCUCUCUCCCGCUGUUACUCUCUUUGUUCUUUUGUCUGACGCUUUGUAUGUGUGAGUCUGGCCAGGACUAAAGUUAAAGUCCUAUUCUGUGACCAUUAGUACGCUGACAAGCGAGAGCUUUGGACGCGCUGCGCAGCAUUUAACGUCGCCGUGUUUGUGCGUGUGCCUACCAUUAAUGUUGUAAAAGAAGAGUAACAAUAACAAAUAACAUACGAAGUUAACCAGAAAGUAGCUGUAAAUUUGUUUUGACCGUUACAAGUAAUCGAAGCCAAAGGAAAGCGUAAGGUGAAUCAUACAAACUUCAUAUACAUUUAUUAAAUAUACUCGCACACACACUUAACAAUUUAGGCGCGUACUUUUAAAAAGAAAACAUUUAUUUCCAA